GGCCGGGAGCCGGAGGCCCGGCCGGCGUCCUGCGCGAGGCACGGUGGGCUCCUGCCUGCGAGGUUAGGAAAGGGGCGGAAAGGGAGGAAAAAGAGAGGCCGAGGGAAGCGAGGCGAUCGGAUUUUCCAGGCGGCUCGUGUGGAGGAAAAACCCACCGCGAACUCAAAUCCACAAUAAUAAUCUAAACUGAUAAUAAUAAUAAGGGCGCAGUUUUUGUGGCUGGGCGCGAGGGAGAGAAGGGGGAACGGAGGAAAGAGAAAUCUCCGUUUCAUGGAGAAAUUUUCGGAGCCUGGAUGUGGAGGAGCGAAACAGCAGAACUAACUCAGGAAAUUGUCUUUCAGAAAAAGGCCGAACCUAGGCUGGGUCUGAGAAUCAGGCUGGGGUAGGUGGAGAAACCUGCAAGUUUAAAGGAAAAAGGAAAGGAGAAUAUUUUCAGAGAUCCUCUGUUUUGUGGUUAUUGCUUCCAUUUUAAAGGUAAAAAGCAUUGCAUUUCAGGUGUUCUUUGAUUUUUUUUUUUUUUUUGGUGCGAUUGGCUCAUUUAAGAAUAUUCAAAACCUUCAAGGUAAAAGGUUUUUUUUCUUUUUUUUUUUAGUCCAUAAUUUUGGUCCCUACGGUUGCACCGGACUUGGAAGGAGUGCUGUGGUGUACAUACUAUUGUAUGGUUUUAUUUAUUUUUUUACUGUGCAGAUCAGCUGGAAGAUUUUUUUCCAAGUGCCAAUUCGGAUUUAUUCAUCCCUCCCUCCCCCUAAAUGUAUCUGUUGUCGUUUUAAGCAUUGGAGACCAGAGAUUUUUUUCCCCCCCUUUGGCUCUCUUGCCAACAGGAGGACAGCUGGGAAAACUGGAUUAAAAGGAUGCUUUUUAUCUGCAUUUUGCAGUUAAGACUGAUAUUUUGAAGGCACAUUCUUUCUGUGAUUCAAUUUUUAGCCCAAAGCUCUAUCCUUGAAGAGAUUUGUGAUUGGUUUUUGGUUUCUAAAAAGGUCAUAGUUUUUCCUCUUUUUUUUUUUGAGGGGGAGGGGAAAGGGGGCUAAGAAAGGAGACCAUGUUAACUGAUAGAAGUAGGAUGGAGCUUCAGUUACCAGGGUCCUGAGAGUUGGAGGAAAAAAGAUUCAGUCUUCGAGUUGGGAGGCUCUCCUCUCACCUUUCUUAAAAAUUGCAAGUGAUUCAAUCCUGAUCAAGACAUCAAAGCUACAGGAUUCUGGAACCGUGGAGACACCGAGAAACCAUGAGUGUAAGGUUACCCCAGAGUAUAGACAGGCAAGUGAUUACACAUUUCACAUUGAGGUACAAGCAUCUAGAGACCUACAGAAGCUCUUUGGGGCAGCUCAGAAGAAUGGACGGGGAGCAGAGCCGCAGCCAUUUGCCUGCAUAUAACGUUGGCAGGCUUAUGUUAAGUAGCCUGUCUUCUCUGGGAGAUUCAGCAUCUGAGCGCAAGUCCCCUUCCCACCACCACGAACCCUCUGACGCCUCUGAGACAACAGGCCUUGUUCAGCGCUGCGUCAUCAUCCAAAAGGACCAACAUGGCUUUGGCUUCACAGUCAGUGGGGAUCGCAUUGUUCUGGUGCAGUCCGUGCGGCCUGGAGGUGCAGCCAUGAAAGCCGGAGUGAAAGAGGGUGACCGGAUCAUCAAAGUGAAUGGCACCAUGGUCACCAAUAGCUCACACCUGGAGGUGGUGAAGCUUAUCAAAUCUGGUGCCUAUGUUGCACUGACUCUCCUGGGCUCUUCACCCUCGUCUGUUGGUGUCUCCGGGCUCCAGCAGGACCCAGCCCCAGCAGGAGGUCCCCGAGUCACCCCUAUGAUCCCACCACCACCACCUCCUCCACCUCUACCACCUCCACAGCGCAUCACAGGACCCAAACCUCUACAGGAUCCCGAAUUUCAAAAACAUGCCACCCAGAUCCUUAGGAAUAUGCUGAGGCAGGAGGAGAAAGAGCUACAGCGUAUCUGUGAGGUGUAUAACCGGAACCCCGCCAGCCUGCUGGAAGAGCAGAUUGAAGGCGCCCGGCGGCGAGUCUCUCAGUUACAGCUGAAGAUCCAACAGGAGACUGGUGGCUUAGUGGACGUACUUCCACUGUAUGGUGAUACCAGCCAGAGAUCAUCAGAAGGCCGCCUUUCUCUCGAUUCCCAGGAAGGGGACAGUGGCUUGGACUCUGGGACAGAACGCUUUCCUUCCCUCAGUGAGUCAUUGAUGAAUCGGAACUCGGUACUGUCAGACCCCGGGCUUGACAGUCCUCGAACCUCCCCUGUGAUCAUGGCCAGGAUGGCUCAGCACCACAGGCGGCAGGGCUCAGAUGCACCAGUGCCCCCUUCCAGCGACCAGGGUGUGGAUCAAAGCCCAAAGCCUUUAAUUAUCGGCCCAGAGGAAGAUUAUGACCCAGGUUAUUUCAACAACGAGGGCAACAUCAUAUUCCAGGAUCUUGAGAAGCUUAAGUCACGCCCAGCUCACCUGGGGGUUUUUCUGCGUUAUAUCCUGUCUCAGGCAGACCCCAGUCCACUGCUUUUCUACUUGUGUGCAGAAGUUUAUCAGCAGACAAACCCCAAAGAUUCCCGAAGCUUGGGGAAAGACAUCUGGAAUAUUUUCCUAGAGAAAAAUGCGCCUCUGCGAGUGAAGAUCCCUGAAAUGUUACAGGCUGAAAUUGACUUGCGCCUGCGGAACAGUGAGGACAUCCGCAGCGUCCUCUGUGAAGCCCAGGAGGCAGCCAUGCCAGAGAUCCAGGAGCAGAUCCAUGACUACAGAACAAAGCGUACUCUGGGACUGGGCAGCCUGUAUGGUGAAAACGACCUGCUGGACCUGGAUGGGGACCCUCUACGAGAGCGCCAGGUGGCCGAGAAGCAGCUGGCUGCCCUUGGAGAUAUUUUGUCCAAGUACGAGGAAGACAGGAGUGCCCCCAUGGACUUUGCCCUCAAUACCUACAUGAGCUAUGCUGGGAUCCGCCUUCGAGAGGCACGACCUUCCAACCCAGCUGAAAAGGCCCAGUCUGCUCCUGACAAGGACAAAUGGCUACCCUUCUUCCCGAAGACCAAGAAGCAGAGCAGCAAUUCCAAGAAAGAAAAGGAUGCCUUGGAGGACAAGAAGCGAAACCCCAUCCUCAAAUACAUUGGGAAGCCCAAAAACUCUUCCCAGAGCACAUUUCAUAUUCCCUUGUCCCCUGUGGAAGUCAAACCAGGGAAUGUAAGGAACAUCAUUCAGCAUUUUGAGAACAACCAGCAGUAUGACGCCCCAGAGCCUGGGACGCAGCGGCUCUCAACAGGAAGCUUUCCUGAGGACCUGCUGGAGGGUGACAGUUCCCGCUCAGAGAUCCGCCUGGGCCGCUCUGAGAGCCUAAAGGGCCGAGAAGAGAUGAAGCGGUCUCGGAAGGCGGAGAACGUGCCCCGCUCUCGCAGUGACGUUGACAUGGAUGCUGCUGCGGAGGCCACUCGCCUCCACCAGUCGGCCUCGUCCUCUGCCUCCAGCCUCUCCACCAGGUCUCUUGAAAACCCAACCCCUCCCUUCACCCCCAAAAUGGGCCGCAGGAGCAUUGAGUCCCCCAGCUUGGUGUUCUGCACAGAUGCCCUCCUUCCCCACCCCCUAGAGGAUGAUCUGGGCCAGCUGUCUGACCUGGAACCAGAGCUAGAUGCCCAGAACUGGCAGCAUACUGUGGGCAAGGAUGUGGUGGCUGGGCUAAGCCAGAGGGAGAUUGACCGACAGGAGGUCAUAAAUGAGCUCUUUGUGACCGAAGCAUCCCAUCUGCGCACACUCCGUGUCCUGGACCUAAUCUUCUACCAGCGGAUGAAGAAGGAGAACCUGAUGCCCCGGGAGGAGCUGGCCCGGCUCUUUCCUAACCUGCCUGAACUCAUAGAGAUCCACAAUUCCUGGUGUGAAGCCAUGAAGAAGCUCCGGGAGGAGGGCCCCAUCAUCAAAGAAAUCAGUGACCUCAUGCUGGCACGGUUUGAUGGUCCUGCCCGAGAGGAACUCCAGCAGGUGGCUGCUCAGUUCUGUUCCUAUCAGUCGAUAGCCCUGGAGCUGAUCAAGACCAAGCAGCGCAAGGAGAGCCGCUUCCAGCUCUUCAUGCAGGAGGCGGAGAGCCACCCCCAGUGCCGGCGGCUGCAGCUUAGAGACCUCAUCAUUUCCGAGAUGCAGCGGCUGACCAAGUACCCACUGCUGCUGGAAAACAUCAUCAAGCACACCGAGGGUGGCACCUGUGAGCACGAGAAGCUCUGCCGGGCCCGGGAUCAGUGCCGGGAAAUUCUUAAGUACGUGAACGAAGCCGUAAAGCAGACAGAGAAUCGGCACCGUUUGGAGGGCUACCAGAAACGCCUGGAUACCACCUCCUUGGAGAGGGCCAGCAACCUUCUGGCAGUAGAGUUCAAGAGCCUGGAUCUUACUACCAGAAGGAUGAUCCAUGAGGGGCCCUUGACCUGGAGGAUCAGCAAGGAUAAGACCUUGGACCUGCACGUGCUACUGUUGGAGGACCUCCUGGUGCUGCUGCAGAAGCAGGAUGAGAAGCUGCUCCUGAAGUGUCACAGCAAGACAGCCGCGGGCUCGUCAGACAGCAAGCAGACCUUCAGCCCCGUGCUCAAGCUCAAUGCUGUGCUCAUCCGCUCCGUGGCCACAGAUAAACGGGCCUUCUUCAUCAUCUGCACCUCCGAGCUAGGCCCACCCCAGAUCUAUGAGCUGGUUGCCUUGACGUCAUCAGACAAGAACACAUGGAUGGAGCUCUUAGAAGAGGCCGUGCGGAACGCCACCCGGCACCCCGGAACCGCCCCGCCACCUGUCCAUCCCCCACCCCCCGGCCCCCAGGGGGCAGCCCACCAGGGCCCGGCACCCAGCAGGGUAGGACUGGAUGACUCCGAAGCAUUCCCAAGAAGGUGUUCUGAGCCAGAGCCCGAGGAGCUGCCUGGAGACAUCGGUCCCCAGCAGAGGAUCAGAGGGACACACCCAGUACUGCCAGAGGAUCCUGAGCAGGAGGGCACUGGAGAGGAGGAGAAGCUGGGGGCCCUUCCUCACCCCUCCUCAUCCCUGGUUGGAGAGAACACGGGCAUCAGGACAAGGGACCCCAUCCACCUGCCCCUCCCAGGCCCUCUGUUCAUGGAAGGACUUGCCGAGGCAGCCCUGGAAGAUGUGGAGAACCUGAGGCACCUGAUCCUGUGGCGCCUGCUGCCGAGUCACACCACAGAACCACAGGCCACCGGGGAGCCUGAGGAUGACCUGACACCCACCCCUUCUGUCAUCAGCGUCACCUCUCACCCCUGGGAUCCAGGCUCCCCAGGGCGGGCCCCCGCUGGGGGUGAAGGCGACAACGCCCAGCUCCCUGGGCUAGAAGGGAGCCGGCCAGAGCUAGAAGACGGGGCUCCCUGUUCUCUGGAACACUUGCCCCCAAGAACCAGAAAUUCUGGGAUCUGGGAGUUGCCCGAGCUGGAUAGGAGUCCAGCCGAAGAGGUUUCAAGCACAGAAGCAGCAGGAACUUACAAAGUUGUGAGAAAAGCCGACGUGGCAGGCAGCAAGGUUGUCCCUGCACUACCAGAGAGUGGCCAGUCAGAGCCUGAGCCACCUGACGUGGAAGGCGGAGCAAAGGCUGCGGGGAACUGUUUUUAUGUCAGCAUGCCAGCAGGACCCCUGGACUCCAGCACCGAGACUUCAGGGGCACCCACCAGCCCCCCACAGCCUGACGGCCUCCCUACAUGGCAGGCAGAGCCUCAGCCCCAGCUGCGGGGAGGCAACGGAGAUCAAAGACACUCCAGCCGCUCUCCCCCGAGCCUGGGCCUCCGGGACGUGGGCAUGAUCUUUCGAACCAUCGAGCAGCUCACCCUCAAGCUCAACAGGCUCAAGGACAUGGAGCUGGCCCACAGAGAGCUGCUGAAGUCCCUUGGUGGAGAGUCAUCUGGUGGCACAACACCUGUGGGCAGUUUCCACACAGAGGCGGCAAGAUGGACAGACAGUUCCCUCUCACCCCCAGCCAAGGAGCCCCUGGUCUCUGACUCCAGGGACAGCCAUGAACUAGGUCCCUGCCCUGAGGACAGUUCUGACACUCCCCUGGAAGACAGGGUGGCAGCCGCAGCCACAACACCAGGACUGUAACCACCCCAACACCAAAUCUUCAUCCCUACUCUUCCUUCAGGGACUGGCCUGAGGCAGGGGCACAGGGUGGGGAGCCCCCAGACCUCCUCCCCGCGGUAGAGGCAGUGGAGGAACUGGGAUCCAGCCAAGGCCUGGGAGGGAGGCCUGCAUGCUGCUUGGUCUGCUCUGAUCGGAGUCAAGUUUCAGUGUCUUUUCCCCAGUCCAACCCCGCAAGGCCUCGUGUCUCCUUAGCAUGCCGACUGCAUCUGAAUGGCCCCCACUCACAAGUCUGCCUCCCUCGCCCCACAUGUGCGUGUUCACUUCUGUGUGGGGGCCCUCAGGUGUGCGAGCGAGAGGAGGAGUCUUCCGUGUAAAUGCACUUUCUUCCUCCAUAGGACCCCAGGGCUGAGGGGGUGCCUCCACUCUCCUUUGUCACUUUGGUUUCCUAUAAAUAUGUAUGUAUUGUAUGUGCAUCUCUGCUAUUGUAAAUAACUGCGACCUUUUUUUGUUUCCAUUCCUGGGGUGCUGGAGGCAGUUACAGAAGGGACUGCUAAGGGAAGAGGGAGCUCACUUGUAUCUCCUAGUUAACGGCCCCUUUUCCCAACCCCAGUCCAGCUCCAGGAUCAGGGCCUAAAGGUAGAGCCAGACCUGGGUGCCCCUGUCCCCAACAGCUGCCCACCCACCCAGCCCUCUGCCCCAAGCCCAGCCUGUGGGCUUGGUGCUCAGCUGCUCCCUCCCCCCUAGAGCUUCUCAUCUUCAGAGAUAGGGACAUGUGAGUGGCUCUUAAUCACCUGUGCCCACCCUUUCCCACUUUGUCCUUGUAGAAGACCAGUGUCAGGUACAGAGCUGAAAACUGGGCCCCAGGAGGUAGGGGUGGGGGAUAUGAAUGCUGGAGUCCCUGAAUUAACCCGGGACCAUCCCGGGGCCUGCAGCCUUGGCCCCUGUUACCACGUCCUCGCUCCUGUCCCCCACUGACUAAUAGAAUAUACACACUGUGCUAGGUGUAUAUAUACAUAUAUAUAUAUAAAUAUAUAUAAUAUAUAAAAUAUAGAUAUGGAAAUGACUGUUUUGCUGUUAAGAUAAUGUAUACUCUUAUUUUCUUCCUUUCAUGGUUAAGGUUUUUGGUUUUUU